AUGUCUCCUUUCUUGUCCGGCUGCCUGGACACGCUGCACGAGGGCGGCGUCGGCCUCGACUCGGCCACCGCCCUGUGCUCAAAGCUGGCCGCGCUGAAGGCCUCGCCGCUCGAGUCGCUCGAGGAGGAGCCGUCGCACUUUGCCAGCUUUGACAAGCCAGAGGACUGGAUGAAUCUGAGCGUGGCGCUGUGCUGCAUGCUCAUGGCCGCUACGGCGUCGGGUCUGACGAUGGGCGUCGUCUCACUCGACGAGCUCGAGCUCCGCGUCAAGGAGCGCAACGUCAACGAGUCCAAGACCGAGCGAGGGUACGCGACGCGGAUUCUGCCGCUGAUCCGGCUGUCGCCUCGGCACCAGCUGCUGGUGUCGCUGCUGCUGCUGAACGCGAUCGCAAACGAGGCGAUGCCGCUCUUUCUGGACAAGCUGGUCCCUCCCUGGGCCGCCAUCCUCAUCUCCGUCACCGCGGUCCUCUUCGUUGGCGAGAUCAUCCCCGCCGCGGCGCUGGACCGGCUGCUGCCGCACGCCGAAGGCUUGCCCACGCGGCACGAG